AUGACAGACAAUAAUAACAACAACAACAACAACAAAAAUAAUAAUAACAACAACAAUAAUAAAAAUAACAAUAAUAAUGUUGCAAAGAUGGAUGUAACAGAUACAGAAACAGUGAUCCAUACAAGUAAUAAGAAGACUUAUACUUUAGGUAGACCACCUUGGUAUGAUACUACGGGUAAACCAAAGUGCCCAUUGGUCAUUGGUGUAUGUGGUGGAAGUGCCUCGGGAAAGACUAGUGUCUGUCACAAGGUGAUCCAAUCAUUGAAUGUGCGAUGGGUCGUCCUGCUCUCAAUGGACUCGUUCUACAAACCAAUUGGAAAGGACGUCGACCCGACCUCCUACAACUUUGACCAUCCCAACGCCUUUGACUACGAUCUCAUGAUCAAGACCAUCGGUGACAUGCGACAGGGCAAGCGAGUACAUAUCCCCAUCUAUGACUUUAAGACUCACAGCAGACUGGCGAGACAAGAGACAGUUUAUGGUGCCGAUGUCAUCAUCCUCGAGGGAAUAUUGACGCUGUACUCAAAGGAGUUGCGCGAACUAAUGGACAUCAAGAUAUUCAUUGACACUGACGAUGAUGUUCGUCUCGCAAGAAGAUUGAGGAGAGACAUUAGCGAACGUGGACGCACUGUUGAGAGUGUCAUCCAUCAAUAUACCAAGUAUGUCAAGCCAUCCUUUGACGACUAUAUCCUUCCAACGAAGAAGCAUGCCGAUGUAAUCAUCCCAAGAGGCUCGGAUAACCUUGUGGCCAUUGAGUUGCUGACACAACAUAUUAGAUCGAAAUUGAGCGAGCGAGGAUACAUUCCUCAGAAGCAUAUGAGUCUGGCAGAGGGCGUCAGCAUCAACAAUCUGCCAAAGAACAUACAUGUGCUUCAAGAGAAUCGCCAGAUAAGAGCCAUCCACACAAUUCUGCGCAACAAGGAUACAAACAUUGGCAACUUUGUAUUCUUCUCUGAUCGUCUCGUCAUGAUGAUCAUUGAGGAGGCGCUGACACUGCUACCCUCACGCGAGAAGACCGUCACAACACCGACCAACGUGGAGUACCAGGGCUACCAGCCCGACUACACCCUUUGCGCACUGAGUGUGUUGCGUGCUGGUAGUUGCAUGGAGCAGCCACUUCGUUCCAUAUGCAAGGGUAUCAAGACUGGCAAGGUGUUGAUCCAAUCAGAUGGCAACAAGCAGCCACAUCUGUUCUAUGAGCGUCUUCCAGACUUGACCGAUAGCCAUGUACUGGUGCUGGAUCCAACGAUUGCAUCUGGUGCGUCCUCGCAGAUGGCCAUCCGUGUGUUGUUGGACCAUGGCAUUCCUGAGGACAGGAUCAUAUUUGUUACAGUGUUGGCCUCGCUCAGAGGUGUGAUGACACUCAACUACUGCUUCCCAGAUCUCAAGAUUGUGACCAGUGCCAUUGACAAUGACCUCUCUGAGGAGGGUUACAUCCUGCCAGGUGUAGGAAACUACUCUGACAGGUACUUUGGAACAUGCUCAUCC